AUGCUUGCAACAUUCAAUCUUUAUGAUGAUGAGUGGUUGGGGGUACUAUAUGAUGAGCGGCAUCGAUGGGUACUUGUCUAUGUUAAAGACAUUUUUUGGGCUGGCAUGUCAACUACACAACGAAGUGAAGGUAUGAAUGCGUUUUUUGAUGGAUAUGUAAAUCCAAAGACUACAUUGAAGCAUUUCGUUGAACAAUAUGACAAUGCCUUGAGAAAUAAGGUAGAGAAAGAGAAGACAGUAGACUUCAAGUCACGACACAAAUUGUUUGAUUGCCUAACUAUAUAUGGUUUUGAGAAGCAAUUUCAGCAAGCCUACACCAUUGCAAAAUUCAAAGAAAUUCAAGGAGAGUUGAAGAGAUUAGUUUACUGUCAACCGUUGUUUGUGCAAGAGGAGGGAUCAAUUUCUACAUAUAAUGUCCAAGAAGCGAUGGCAGUUUGUGAGAAGAUGAAGCAUGUGGACUUUGUUGUCUAUUUUAAUUCAAUUGAAUUUGAAGUUCAAUGCAUGUGUCGGUUGUUUGAGUUUAGAGGCAUUAUGUGUGCUCAUUUACUCGAUGUGCUUGUCAGAAGAUGCAUAAAUGAGAUGCCAAGUAAAUGUAUUUUUCCCCGGUGGAGAAAAGAUGUGGAUAGAGAAUACGCAUGCAUCAAAACCACAUACACUGGCUUUGGGAAUGAUUUCAAUGCAAGUAGCUAUGAGAGGAUGAACAAAAAAUUGAUUGCCAUUGUACAACUUGCUGGUAACUCUAAAGGCAAAACUAAAAUUAUAGACCUUGGGUUGGAUGAAAUCAAGGAAAGGGUCAUGAAAGAAGAAUCCGGUGAUGGGAGUAAUUUGCCAUGA